AUGGCUGCCAUGCUUGUAUUGUUGCCAGCGCUUCUCAGCGUUGGCAUGGCCAACCCGUUCCCGCGAGCACCUUUGGUCAUCAACAACCCUGUACUAUAUCAGGACUUGGCCGACUUGGAUCCUUUCCGAGUCAACGAUACCUUCUAUUACUCAGCAUCUAGUAUGCACUUCUCCCCUGGUGCCCCCCUGCUUAGGUCAUACAAUCUGGCAGACUGGGAAUACGUGGGUAAUUCUGUUCCGUCUCUCGACUUCGGAAGUCCGGCAUACAGCCUUGAUGAUGGCAUGCGGGCAUACGCGCGUGGCGUGUGGGCAAGCGCGAUUAGAUAUCGGCAGAGCAACGGCUUGUGGUACUGGAUCGGUUGCGUCGACUUCAAUAGCACCUACUUCUACACCGCCGAGAACCCCACGGGCCCAUGGGAACAACGCAAUGUUGUCGGACAAUGCUUGUACGAUUGCGGCCUUUUGAUCGAUGAUGACGAUACGAUGUACGUCUCUCACGGAUCGACCAACCUGAGUGUUGCACAACUCACACCAGAUGGCCUCGACAUCGCAAAGGAUCAGGUAGUGUUUAACUACACGGCCUAUAUCGAAGGCUCGAGAAUGUACAAGCGUAAAGACAACUACUACAUCCUGACGGUGGAGCCGGUCGUCGGCGAAUAUGUGCUCAAGUCAGACAAUCCGUUCGGGCCAUACGAAUUUGGUGUGAUGCUGAACGAGACCAAGUCGCCUUCUGGACUAGCAGGUGGAGAUGUACCUCACCAAGGUGGCAUCGUCGAUACACCAGAUGGAGACUGGUACUACAUGUCAUUCGUGGAUGUUUGCGGAGACUCCUGCGGCCGUGUGCCUGUCAUUGCGCCUUUCACAUGGGGGGACGAUGGCUUCCCGAAGCUAGAGCUCGCUGCUAAUAACACGUGGCCCGAGACAGUACCUGUACCGGUGCAGAGCCCAUCGAAAUCGGAGGAUACCAUCCAGACUGGGCCUAGAGCUUUCCAAAGCGCUUUCGGUGAAGGCCUUGCGCCUGAAUAUCAGUGGAAUCACAACCCAGACAACAGCAAAUGGUCGCUCCACGAAGACGGUGUCUGUCUGGAAACGGCCUCCGUCACAGAUGACCUGUACCAGGCCAAGAACACAUUGACCCAUCGGAUCAUUGGUCCCCAGUCCCAGGCCACCAUCGAGCUCGACAUCUCUAGCAUGCAAGAUGGCGAUCGUACAGGUCUCAGCAUGUUUCGUGAUGUAUCGGCAUGGAUUGGCGUAAAGAAAGAUGGUUCUCGCCUGACACUCGCCAUGCAUACAAAUCUUACCAUGAAUGGCACGGACAAUUGGGCCACGAUUAACAAGGGCGUAGAAGAUGCUACGCAUAAGCUUCCUCAACACACGAGCUGCAUCUGGCUACAGACGACGGGAGACUUCCGAUCCCCACCGACUGGCAGCCUCGAGACAUCUUUUGCGUAUAGCGUGGAUGGAAAGAGCUUCACCUCUUUUGGUGAUCGCUUCAAGCUAGCGACCGACUGGCAGUUCUUCCAGGGUUAUCGAUUCGCGGUGUUCAAUUACGCAAGAAAGUCUCUUGGUGGGUGGGUGACGUUGAAGAGUCUCAGUAUUGACCUAGUGUAG